AUGGCCGGGGCGGCGGCGCUGGCGGCGGUGCGCACCGAGGACGCGGGGCCGCCCGGCGGGACCCCCCCGCCCCCGCCCCGCCGCUGGGGGCUGCUGACGGGAUCGCGCCCCGCGGCCGCCCCCCGCCCCGCCGGGCCCCGGCGCUGCUGCCGCCGCCGUUUGCAAAACUGCCUUUACGACGUGCUGGAACGGCCCCGCGGGUGGGCCUUCGUCUACCACGUCUUUAUAUUCCUCCUUGUCUUCAGCUGCCUGGUGCUGUCAGUCUUCUCCACCAUCCAGGAGCAUCAGAAACUGGCCAACGAGUGCCUCUUCAUCCUGGAAUUCGUCAUGAUCGUGGUGUUCGGCAUGGAGUACGUCAUCCGUGUCUGGGCGGCCGGCUGCUGCUGCCGCUACCGGGGCUGGAGAGGACGCUUACGUUUUGCCAGGAAACCCUUCUGCGUUAUAGAUUUCAUCGUCUUCGUCGCCUCGGUGGCCGUCAUUGCCGCCGGCACCCAGGGCAACAUCUUCGCCACCUCGGCGCUGCGCAGCAUGCGCUUCCUGCAGAUCCUGCGCAUGGUGCGCAUGGACCGUCGCGGCGGCACCUGGAAGCUGCUGGGCUCCGUCGUCUACGCCCACAGCAAGGAGCUCAUCACCGCCUGGUACAUUGGCUUCCUGGUGCUCAUCUUCGCCUCCUUCCUCGUCUACCUGGCUGAGAAGGAUGCCAAUGUCCAGUUUGCCACCUACGCCGACUCCCUAUGGUGGGGCACGGUCACCCUCACCACCAUCGGCUACGGGGACAAGGCACCGCAGACGUGGCUGGGACGGAUGCUGGCGGCCGGCUUUGCCCUGCUCGGCAUCUCCUUCUUCGCGCUGCCCGCCGGGAUCCUGGGCUCUGGCUUCGCCCUCAAAGUGCAGGAGCAGCAUCGGCAGAAGCACUUUGAGAAGAGGCGGUCUCCGGCAGCAAACCUGAUCCAGGCCGCCUGGCGCCUGUACUCGACGGACAGCAGCCGGCUGUACCUGACGGCCACGUGGUGUUACUACGACAGCCUCCUGCCCCCCCUCAGAGAGCUGGUCCUAAUGUUUGAGCAUUUGCACCGAGUCCGCAACGGAGGAUUUAGGAAUUCAGAGGUGAAAAAAUUGCCUGACGGAGCCCCACCGCCUUAUCACUCCUUCACCCCUGGCCUGAAAAGCAUCAGCCUUGCUGUUUUUUCAGGGGAAAGCAACAAGAUGGGCAUCAAGGACCGCAUCCGGCUGAGCAACCCGCAGCGACAGGGCAGCCGGGGCAGGCAGCACCUGGGGCCCCCCCUGCACCGCUCCCCCAGCACCGAGGACAUCCCCGAGGCCUCCACCCCCACCAAGGUGCAGAAGAGCUGGAGCUUCAAUGACCGGACCCGCUUCCGCGCAUCCCUGAGGCUCAAGCCACGGACCCCGGUUGAAGCUGAUUGCCCACUGGAGGACAGUGGUGAGGAGAAGAGCUCCCACUGCGACCUGACCUUUGAGGACAUCAUGCCAGCGGUGAAGACCCUUAUCCGGGCGGUCAGGAUCCUGAAGUUCCUGGUGGCCAAGAGGAAGUUCAAGGAGACCUUGCGUCCCUACGACGUCAAGGACGUCAUCGAGCAGUACUCGGCCGGCCACCUGGACAUGCUGGGCAGGAUCAAGAGCCUGCAGAUGCGCGUGGACCAGAUCGUGGGCAGAGGAGCGCUCACUGCGGACAAGAAGAUGCGGGAGAAGGGGGAGAAGCUGGCACUGGAGACGGAGCUGGUGGACGAGCUCAGCAUGAUGGGUCGCGUGGUCAAAGUGGAGAGGCAGGUGCAGUCCAUCGAGCACAAGCUGGACCUGCUGCUUGGCCUCUACUCCCAGUGCCUCCACAAGGGCUCCACGAACUCCUUCAGCCUGGCCGCUGUGCAGGUGCCCCCCUGCGAGCCCGACAUCACCUCUGACUACCACAGCCCUGUGGACCACGAGGACAUCUCGGUCUCUGCCCAGACCCUGAACAUCUCCAGGUCGGCCAGCGCCAACAUGGACUGAGCGAGGAGGCAGCAGGACGGAUCCUGCCAGCACGCAGCCAGUGGGACGGGAUGCCAGGACGUGGGAGCAGCGUGGCGGCAUCUGGCCCCGUCUAGCCAUGUCCCUCACCCUGUUACUUGAACUGAAUCUUCCUUUGUGGGGGUGUACCUCCAGCGGGGUGCCUGCUCUGGGGAUGAGGUGGGAGCCUGUGGCACUGCGGCAUGGCCAGACCACGUUCCUGGGCUGCUCCUGUCCUUCCCAGGGGAGUGAGACUCUCCAGCUCCUGGGGCCCUGAGUGCUCCCCAGCUAUGGCAGGGAUACUCGAGGCUGGCCCCAUCCCCUGGGGUUUGGCUUGUACCCCCAGCCCUCAGGACAUGUCCAGCUCCCCAGCAGGGUCCUGCCCAGUCCCCUGGAGCCAAGCCAGGGCCACCGCCAGCUAUGCAAGGCUCCAUCUCCCUUCUGCUGCUGGUGCCAAGCAGGGGCGUUGGGGCACAGCCCAGUGUGGUUUUACCUGCAUCACUCCAGGUCAGGGCAGCAGUGGGGGUCCCCCUGGGCAGGGAAGCAGGGGUCCGUUUCCCCUCACCCUCCUCUGCCUGGGUUGUUUCCCUGCUCACGGGGCUGCAGCACUGCAGCCGCGGCUGCACCUCUAGAAGCACAGCAGAGCCUCCUGCCUGCCCGUGCAUGCUCCCAGGGCAAUAUAUAUAUAGGAGAGAUAUAUAUAUAUUUAUGCAAUAAUGUCUUAAUAUGCAACAACCCCGGGAUGAAGAACCCGUGGGGACAUAGGCAAUAAGCAAACCCCCUACCAGCACACAGGGCUGGAUCCUGCUGCCUGUGGGGGCCCACCUGGGUGCCCUGGGGGCUUGGGGCUGGGUGACAAACCUCCACCCGAUGGUGGCCCUGGGGCCAUGGGGCUGGGCUGGGGCUGCAGAGGAGGGAGGGAUGCAGGUAUAGGCAAUGGGGACAGUGGUCCCCAAGAAGCAUCCCUCCCUCUCAUGCCCCAGCCGCCGCUCCUGCUUAGAGGACUUCUUCCCUGCCACGUCCUGCAGUGCUCGGUUUGUCCUUCCCCAUGUCCCCACCCCCCCACCAUGGUCCAGGGACCAUGAGCUGGGCCGGGGGGUGACAGCCUGGUGGGGACAGAGCGUGCCGCUCAUGACAGAGCCAUGGCAGCUCCCAUGCUCCCCCAUUGCCCUUUGCUGCCCGACCCCAGUCCUGGGGCUGGUUUCCAGUCCCACAGCACUGGGCUGAGCCAGGCUGGAAGUGAUCGUGGUAGUGCCAAAGUCUGCCAAGCUGGGGGUUCCAGGGGUCUCAGUGCCCUGUGGGGCUCAGCAGCAACACCUGCAUGGCCAUGGUGCUGGGAUCUGACCUGGGCUGGUGAGGACCCACUGAGCCCUUGCUGCUGGCACGGCCCUUCUCCGGGCUUCGGGCUGUGGGAUUUGCACCCCCCCCUUCCCAAGCCCCCCUGUGCCUCUGCUCCCAGCAGCGGGGACCCCUGACCCUGCUUGGUUUUCUUGCCUUGUUAGUGCAUGUAGCCAGCACAGGCCAUGCCAGAGCCACUCGCAGCCUCCCCACUGCUCCUGCACCACUGCGGCCCCCUCCCCUCACCCUGGGGGCGCCUGUGCCCCCGGCCGGGCCAUGGGGCAGUGGUGCCAUGGGGGCACGAGGGCACGGCUGGGUGUAGUGGGUUGGUACAUGGGUGCCAUGGGUGCCCGGCCGUGGGGCAAGGGUGCAUGCGAGAGCUUUGCCCGCAGCCGCACGCAGGCACUAACUCGUAGGACCCUCCCCAAGGCUGGCUGGUCCCCGCAGACCUCCCGGU